GACUUAACAUGAAUGAGUUUAAUGAGUGGAAUUAAAAAAUAGUGGAAAGCCGAAGCGACGGUGAUAAAAAUUCAGUCCUAUGUGGUAUCUGAACAAUGUGACGUGUUGCUGAAUGCUGACACACAAAAAGAUAUAAUAAAAAGCGAAUUAUUAUUGUGUUGUGUGAGAGAGAGAGCAUAAUCUUGAUAAUGGCGGAGGGAACGAAAGUGGUGACUCUGAAAGCUGUGGAAGCAACUCCUUCCUCCUUCAAAGACUUCGGUCAGGUCAUCGAGGCUACACCGGACGGCCAAAUAUUGGGUCCCCACGAUGCUCAACUCGACCUUUCCCAAGGAACUCCCAGGUUCUACAUUAUGCAUCUCGAAAGCCGCCCUCUUAAGUUUUCUAGCAUUACCCAUCAUGCAAGCGUGACUCAGUGCCUCGGCUCUGUUGGUGGCCAUCUUUGGUAUCUUGGAGUGGCCAAGCCAUCCAUUGUUGAUUCAGAUGAAAUCAAGGACAACACAGGCAAUAAGAUUGUGCAGUCACGUAGUGGUCAUUCAUAUGUGCCUCCUCACGUUCAGGAUGUCCUGCUUUUCAAGGUUGAAGGCUCCAAAUUUCUCAAGCUUAAUCGGGGAACAUGGCACGCUGGCCCUCUGUUUAAGGCAGAUUCAAUGGACUUUUACAAUCUGGAACUGUCCAACACAAAUGAGAUUGAUCAUACCACGCACAACUUUAAGAAGGACAAUGGAGUGACCUUUUUAAUUGAAGACUAAAUUCAUAGCUUUAUCUAGUUUCCGGCAUUUCAACUGAUUCGGGCAUAUUAUAUAUCAUGUCAUAUACUAAAUAAUUUCUGGAAACUUCAGCGUUGUGCUUUUCAUAUGGUGCUAGUAGUAAAAAAUUCCAUUUUACCUGUCUAUUGUUCUGCAACAUGAUUGUUACCAGUUCACGUAAAAAGAGUGAAAUAUACCGCAUUUCUUAUUUGCA